UGCUGCUUCCUUGUUAAGUUAAAAGAAAAUAAAAAUCCCCACGAGCACGCAACCGGCAACCCGGUACAGUAGAUUCGCCAUAAUCACGUAAAUAAAAUCGCGUCCCUGUGCUAGUUAAUGACAGAUUGACAGUUAACACUUGGAUGCAAACAUACGGACUCCACUCGCAAACCGGCCAAUGAAGCCAAUGAAGCCGAGCUUCCAGAAAGACGGCGCCGACAAGGUUGAUGGCGGCACAGGUGGCGUACUCUGGCCGUCGCGGAUCUGCUACCUCGUCGUUCUCGCCACCACUUUGUGGGCCGUGGCGUCCAUCUUGUUCCCGCCGUCGGCGUUCCCCCACCCCCUGGUGUCCAGCGUCACCGUCAGCCACCACCCUGCUCCGCACGAUUCGGCGUCGGAGGACAACCGGACCGCGACCGAGACCGCCGACCGUUGCGCGGGGCGGUACAUCUACGUGUACCGCCUGCCGCCGCGCUUCAACGACGACAUCGCCCGCGGCUGCCGCACGCUCCGCCCGUGGAUGGACAUGUGCCCGUACAUGCCCAACUGCGGCCUGGGCCGCCUGCUGGGCGACGAGGGCGGCGUCUUCCCGGGCCGCGGCUGGUACGCCACCGACCAGUUCAUGCUCGACGUCAUCUUCCGCUGCCGGAUGAGGCGCUACGAGUGCCUCACCGGCGACCCCGCCCGCGCCGCGGCCGUCUUCGUGCCGGCCUACGCCAGCCUGGACGGCGGGCGGUACCUCUGGAACAGCACCGCGACGCGGGACGCGCUGGCGCUCGACCUCGUCGCGUGGCUGGCGCGGCGCCCGGAGUGGCGCGCCACGGGCGGCCGCGACCACUUCCUGGUGGCCGGCCGGACCGCCUGGGACUUCCUCAGGAAGACCGACGGCGACGACGACUGGGGCACCAAACUGCUCAGCAUCCCGGCCGUCCGGAACAUGACGGCGCUCGUCCUGGAGAUCGACCCGUGGACCCGGUCCAACAACCUCGCCGUGCCUUACCCGACGAACUUCCACCCGGCCACGGCCGCCGACCUGCGCGCCUGGCAGGAGAAGGCGCGCGCGCUGGACCGCAGGUGGCUCUUCUCGUUCGCGGGGGCGGCGCGGCCCGGGAGCAACAAGACCGUCCGCGCGCAGAUUUUCCAGCAGUGCGGCGCGUCGAGUCGCUGCGGGAUGUUCCGGUGCAAAAAGGGGUCCGAAUGCGAGGCCUCCCCGGGCGCCAUGAUGCGCCUCUUCGAGAGCUCCACCUUCUGCCUCCAGCCGCGCGGCGACACGACGACGCGGCGGUCCACGUUCGACGCCGUCGUCGCCGGGUGCAUCCCUGUGUUCUUCCACCCCGACUCGGCGUACACGCAGUACGCGGACCACAUCCCGGCGGAUCCCGAGAGGUGGUCGGUGCUCAUCAUGCACACCGACGUGACGGACCGGAACGUGAGCAUCGAGGAGGCGCUCGCCAAGAUCCCGCCGGCGGCCGUGAAGGCGAUGCGCGAAGAGGUGAUCCGGCUCAUCCCGAGAUUGGUGUACGCGGACGCGAGAUCGGCGCGUGCGGACUUCAAGGACGCUUUUGACAUUGCGCUGGACGUCGUCCUUGACCGGGUGGCCAAGCGGCGGCGACGGGAUGUGGACGGACGCUGAUGGACCGGUGGCCGGCCGGAUAGGAGGAGUGGCCUCGGCGUCUGGCCUCUGCCACCGUCACGUGAACCACCCUCCAUCGUGACAGUGCGCGCUCGUACCUAGGAGUAGCAUUUGAAUGGGAUCCUGGGAAACUUCGACGCCUGUCUCUUCAUCAGUUUAGGAUCUUGUACACGGUGCACACCAGCACGUGUAUAGGCACGGUGCACUCCAGCACGGAACAGCCCUGCGGAUUUUUUUACAUCGAUCUGCUUUUGUUUUUUUUUGAAAGAACAGGAUGGGGGCCUACUGAAAAUUUUAUUUAAAUCAAUAAAAAAAGAAAACAAAGUUUAGAAAAAAGAAGAAGACAGGUUAUAGGAGGUUAGAGAGAGAUUCUACUGCUAAUGCUAUUCUAUUGUCAUUGCUGAAGCCAUGCUGGGAUGGCUGAAUCGAAUCUAUCCCGAGCUCUGUGAAUGACCAGGAGCAGCUCAUUUGUAAACUCACACUUGCAUUGUUGCACC